AUGUGGAAGUUUCAGGACAGUGUUUAUGGCGAUAAGCUGGUGUUGGCCAUCAACGCGGCUGCCGGCCUCAGCAUUUUCUUCUUUGGUUAUGAUCAAGGUGUCAUGAGUGGCGUCAAUAUAUCUCCAAACUACAAGCAAAUCAUGGGCCUUGAAGAUAAUGAAGCUCUUUUGGGUGGUGUCGUCGCCGUCUAUUAUGCUGGCACAUUGAUCGGAGCACUUCUUGGUGGUUGGGUUGGUGACAAAAUCGGUCGUAUUAGAACUGUAUUGGUUGGUUGCGCAUUUGCUUGUUUUGGUGCUGCUUUGCAAACGGCUGCUCAAAAUGUCGCAUGGAUGAUUUGCUCACGCAUCAUUACUGGUAUCGGUACCGGCCAUCUUAACGCCAUUGUUCCUGUAUGGUCAGCCGAAACAAGUCAUUACACAAGUCGUGGUAUGUUUAUUGCCAUGGAAUUUACGCUCAACAUUUUCGGUGUCGUCAUUGCCUACUGGAUCGCAUAUGGUCUACGUGAAGAGCCUGGUGAGAUGCGUUGGCGCUUCCCUAUCGGUUUUCAACUCAUCCCUUUGAUCGUUUUGGCACUUGGUAUCAACUUCUUCCCUGAGAGCCCUCGUUGGCUUGUGAAAAAGGAUCGUGUCGAUGAAGCCGUGCAUAUCCUUGCAGCACUUCGUGGCAACGGUGAUCAUAAUCAUCCUGCUGUUCAUCGUGAGCUUGAAGAUAUCCGUGAAACAUUACGUCUCGAAGAAGAACAAGGCGGCGAACCUAGCUAUUGGAACAUGUUGUUCAAGUACGACGAAUUCAACAUCCCACGUCGAGUACACCUUUCUAUUUGGUUGCAAAUUAUCCAAGAAUUGACCGGCAUUGGUGUGAUUACGGUAUAUGCACCAGAAAGUUUUUCCAAUUCAGGCUUCUCAGAACGCACAUCUCAGCUACUUUCUGGAUUCAACAAUAUUUCUUACAUGCUUUGUACGCUCGUUGCUGUAUUUACUUUGGACCGAUGGGGUCGUCGAUUCACCCUAUUUUAUGGCGCUGUAUGUCAAGGCAUUUGCCUAAUCCUCGUCGCUGUUUUAACCAAGACCGAAUACCUUGAGUGGAAACCCACGGCAUUUGGUGUUGCAAGCGCUGUCUUUAUUUUCGGAUACACGGGCUUCUUUGGUAUGACUUGGCUGACAGUACCAUGGCUUUAUCCGGUUGAGAUUUACCCCUUACGAGUGCGUGCUCGUGGUGGCGCUUGGAGUGUGGUUGGUUGGAGCAUUGGCAAUGCAUUGGUCAUGGAAAUUACUCCCCCACUUCUUGCCUCUAUCAAAUGGUGUACCUUCUUUUUAUUUGGUGCUCUCAACUUUGCUGCAAUCCCCAUUGUUUGGGCCCUUUACCCUGAAACGGCUGGAUUUUCUCUUGAAGAGCUUGAUGUGAUCUUCUCCACCAAAUCAUUGUUCGUUUGGAGUGCUGAAAAGGAAUUACGUGCCCGUGGUAUUGAUCCCAAAAACCCACUUGGUCACAGAAAGAAUGGUAAUGGUGGUAGUGACAGCGCAGAGCGUGGUGACGAAAAGGCACAGCUUCCUGCACCCGGUAAUAAUGGAACAACAUCAUCCACAUCAUCCGCUACUCCCGAUGAGAAAAAGGAGGUGCCUGCUGGUGGAAAUGAGUAA